AUGCCUGGACCCAAGUCACCUGGACCGGCCGUGCCUCGAAACCCUAGCCCCGUUCCUCGCCCAGAUACGCCUCCUCCCAGACCUGCUACUCCUGACUCUCCCUAG